UUUUGAAAAUUGCGUUCGUAAAUAGAUAGAAUACUUAGUAUUUCAAACAAUGACAUGAACUCAAAAGUCAGAAAAAUUUAUUCUGCAUUACAGUUCACAUUACAUUUUAGUUCUUUGAAAGCUAAAUGCUAAAUAAAAUCUUAAGCAUACAAAAUUUCGUUUGUUCUUCGGAAACCCAAAUACCGGUCAAUGGACUUGUCAUUCUAAGAAGUUUUCUUUUAAAACUAAUCAUGUGUGAAAUAUCCAGUCUACUUCUACGGCAGUUAAGAACUGUGUUGAUAUAUUUAUCUAUGAUCUGUUUAGGUAUGUGUACGGCCAUACCAGGACCUACAUUGCUUGAUCUGCAACGAAAUGUUCAUUCUGAAACGAAUGAAAUUUCAAAAGUAUAUAUCGGUCGUUCUAUCGGAUAUCUUCUUGGAUCCUUCUUUGGUGGUGUUCUGUUGGAUCGUUUACAAAAACCUCAACUUCUGAUGUUUUUGUUCAGCUUUAUUAUGUCAGUGUGUACGGCAGCCAUACCAUGGAGCGAUGAUCUUCUUUUAUUGGUUGGAAUAAUGGCUUUUAGUGGUUGCGCAAUGGGAGCAUUAGAUACUGGUUUGAAUGUUUGGUGCUUAGAUCUCUGGAAUGAUGAAAGCAGUCCUUUCUUCCAAGCUCUUCAUUUUUUCUUUGGACUUGGAGCUUUUGUUGCCCCCAUCAUAGCAGCUCCCUUCCUCUCCCAUAACGACCACAACGACCUGAACUCCACUCUUUCCUCAUUCAACCAAUCUUCUUCUCCUCUAGACUUCUCCGACUACGAGAAGGCAAACGUUAUUUACAUUUACAGUAUAAUUGGUGCUAUUUCGUUGUUUGUAUCUUUGAUGUUUAUGUUUUUGUUUCUAACUUCUGUAAAACUUAAUUCUUCUGAUGAAAUGCAGAAAUACAAAGAUCCAAAAGUGCGUUUUAAAAUAUCCAUUCUUCUCUGUGCCUUUUUGUUGAUUUGUGUGUAUUGCGGACUCGAAAUUGGAUUCGGGCAGAUGAUAGCAAUUUAUGCCGUGAGGAGCACUCACAAGUUUACAGAGUCUUUAGCUUCCUAUUUCACUUCCGUUUUCUGGGGGACAUUUACUUUUGCGCGUGGUAUAUCUAUAGUUCUAGCUGUGAAAUUCAGCCCUUUUGUGAUAAUUGCUUGUGACUGUUCCCUCAUGUUCUUUGCAGCGACACUAUUAGUUUUGUUCGGAAAUACUUAUGAAACCUUUUUGUGGAUUGGGACGGGGGCGUUGGGUGUCGGAUUUGCCUCAUUCUACCCUUCUACUAUCACUUGGGUCGAGCAGUACGUAAAUAUCGACAAUAAAAUCGGCUCCUACUUUGUUGUCGCUGCGUCUGUGGGUGAAAUGGUCGCACCGCUGACAAUCAGCCAAUUUGUAAACACUAAACCCGAGUUUCUUUUUUAUGCCACAAUAACUUGCGUCUCUUUAUGCGCAAUGUUUAUUAUUAUUUUAAGGAUAAUAACUACACAUGUGGGUUUAAAGAUACCCAUCACAACUGAGAUUUGCUCACCCACCGAAUUACUGGAAUCCGAAAAACAGUGUGACGAAAAAGGUACCAUAGGUGAAAGAGAGACCUUAACGAAAGUUUAGAUUAUCUCUUUCUACUUUUAAAAUUAAAAAAAAAUUAUAAAAAGUUCUCUGCUAUUUAAGAUGUUUCAUUCCUGAUAAUUUGUACUAUGUAUUGAGACAAUUCCAUUAUUAGAGACACAACAUUGUCAAAUAUUUUAUAGCUUUAGAUUUAAAAAAAAGUGAAACAAUUUUACUAGUUUUGGUUAAAAUAGAUCUUGGGCAUUAUUUAUAUUUGCUAAAAUUUCUAUUUAUUUUCAUCAGUAAAACAAAUUAAAACGUU